UUACUAAGCAUCUGAGGAUCCACACAGGAGAGCAACCCUAUGAAUGCUGUGAGUGCGGGAAAAGCUUCACUCAGAGAUCAAUCCUUAUCUCUCAUCAGAGCAUCCAAACAGGAGAGCGACCCUGUGAAUACACAGGUGAUGCAAUGGAUUGUGAGAAAGAGGAGCAGAAUUCUCAGCAGGAAAAUGUUGAGCAAGUGGAUAAAUACAGAGUACUAUCGCAAAGACCAAAAAGCAGUGUAACCAGGAGUCAUGAUCAGGGACAAUCCUGUGAGAUUCAGCACAAAUCAGAAAGAGAGCAUGGAAAUCAUCCAGGGGAGAAAGUGGGUAACUUAAGUUCAUGUGAAGGAACUCGGAAGGACCUCAAGGAAACCACAACCCAGCAGGAAAUCCUCAUGGGUAAGAGAAAAAAUACAUGCACUGAGUGUGGGAAAAACUUAUGUGACUACUCAGCCCAUAUAAAGCAUCUGAGAAUCCACAUGAGGAAGAGGCCCUAUGAAUGCAGUGAAUGUGGAAAAUGCUUCACUAAGAGCUCAUCCCUUUCUGACCAUCAGAGAAUCCACACAGGGGAGAGGCCCUAUGGAUGCCAUGAGUGUGGGAAAAACUUCACUCACAGAUCAGGCCUUUAUCAACAUCAGAAAAUCCACACCGGUGUGAGACCCUAUGAAUGCAGUGAGUGUGGGAAAAGCUUCACUUACACUUCAGGCCUUUUUCAACAUCAGAGAAUCCAUACAGGGGAGAGGCCCUAUAAAUGCCGUGAGUGUGGGGAAAGCUUCACUACCAGUUCAGUCCUUUCUGAACAUCAGAAAAUCCACACCGGUGUGAGACCCUAUGAAUGCAGUGAGUGUGGGAAAACCUUCAAUCGCAGCUCGACACUUAUUAGGCAUCAUAGAAUCCACACUGGGGAGAGGCCAUAUGAAUGCAGUGAGUGUGGGAAAAACUUCUCUCAUAGCUCAGCCUUUUCUGAACAUCAGAAUAUCCACACCGGUGUGAGACCCUAUGAAUGCAGUGAGUGUGGGAAAAGAUUCAAUCGCAGCUCGCACCUUAUUACGCAUCAGACAAUCCACACAGGAGAGAGACCCUAUAAAUGCAGUGAGUGUGGGAAAAGCUUCAUUAGCCGUUCAGCCCUUUCUGAACAUCAGAGAAUUCACACGGGGGAAAGGCCCUAUGAAUGCCGUGAGUGUGGAAAAACCUUCACUUGGCACUCAACUCAUGGGGCUCCGGACCCCUGGCUGAGAACCACGGCCUUGGAGCUCUGGUUAGAAGAAGGGAGCAAAGCUGCUGCGUUUCCUGAUGGCUGA